ACCCGACGAUUCCAUUCCACCCCGCGCAAAAGCGCCCGCGUCACCAUGCGCCUCCUCUGCUUCGGCCUGCUGCUCCUCUUCGUCUCCUCCUCGCUGCGAUGCCACGGGCUGCUCAUCCCGCUCACCAACACCCUAUCCUCGCUCCGCCCGACCGCCACCAAUGACACCACCGCCAUCCACCGCCUCCUCCGCUCCUCCUCCCUCCGUUCCGCCGCGCGCCACCGCGGCCGCCGCCACGGCACGCGGCGCGUGCCUCCUCCACGGCACCGCCAGCUCUCGCUGCCGCUCGCGCCGGGGAGCGACUACACGCUGUCGCUCUCGGUCGGCCCGCCUUCCACGGCCAGCUCCGUGUCGCUCUUCCUCGACACCGGCAGCGACCUCGUCUGGUUCCCCUGCGCCCCGUUCACCUGCAUGCUCUGCGAAGGGAAGGCGGCGCCUGGUAACAGCUCCAGCCCGCUCCCCCCGCCGAUCGACUCCCGCCGCAUCUCCUGCGCGUCGCCGCUCUGCUCCGCGGCGCACUCCUCGGCGCCUACCUCCGACCUGUGCGCCGCGGCGCGGUGCCCGCUGGACGCGAUCGAGACAGACUCGUGCGCGUCCCACGCGUGCCCGCCGUUUUACUAUGCGUACGGGGACGGCAGCCUCGUCGCGAACCUGAGGCGCGGCCGCGUGGGUCUGGCUGCGUCCAUGGCCGUGGAGAACUUCACCUUCGCCUGCGCGCACACGGCGCUCGGCGAGCCCGUCGGGGUGGCCGGGUUCGGGCGCGGCCCGCUCUCGCUCCCGGCCCAGCUCGCCCCGUCGCUCUCCGGCAGGUUCUCGUACUGCCUCGUCGCCCACUCGUUCUGCGCCGACCGGCUCAUCCGGCCCAGCCCGCUGAUCCUCGGCCGCAGCCCGGACGCCGCCGCGAUCGGCGCCUCCGAGACGGACUUCGUGUACACGCCGCUGCUGCACAACCCGAAGCACCCUUACUUCUACUCGGUGGCGCUCGAAGCCGUCUCGGUGGGCGGGAAGAGGAUCCAGGCCCAGCCGGAGCUCGGGUACGUGGACCGUGACGGCAACGGCGGGAUGGUGGUGGAUUCCGGCACGACGUUCACCAUGCUGCCGAGCGACACGUUCGCGCGGGUGGCCGACGAGUUCGCGCGCGCGAUGGCCGCGGCGCGGUUCACGCGCGCCGAGGACGCGGAGGCCCAGACAGGCCUCUCCCCGUGCUACCACUACUCCCCGACGGACCGGGCCGUGCCGCCGGUGGCGCUCCAUUUCCGUGGCAACGCUACGGUGGCGCUGCCUCGGAGGAACUACUUCAUGGGGUUCAAGAGCAAGGAAGGGCGGGCCGUGGGGUGCCUGAUGCUGAUGAACGUCGUUGGAAACGACGACGACGACGACGACGACGGAGGUGGCCCCGCAGGCACGCUUGGCAACUUCCAGCAGCAGGGGUUCGAGGUGGUGUACGACGUCGACGCGUCCCGCGUCGGCUUCGCCCGCCGGCGGUGUACGGACCUGUGGGACACGCUCUCGCGCCGGUGAGCUGGUGCGGGCCUACGUUGAUCGAGUACAACUAUGGUUUAACGUAGCUAGCUUGUCCCAGCUCCCAGGUGUACAGAGUACAGACCAGUAGCUGCCAUGUAUCUGUAGGUUUCUUCUUCUUCACGACGUUACCGAUUUCUUUCUGGUGUUCUGCUUGUAAAUCUUGUCUUGCUCUGCCCACAUGGAAAUAUGUUUACCGAUUAACCGA